AUGUUACUUAGUCUACCAUUGGUUGGCUGCACAUUUAGUUUUGUUGCUAUUUCUUUAGAUAACAGCAGGAAGGUUAAUAUUGAUGCAGAAAACGAAGGCAAUGAGGUACUUCAAAAAUCUGCGCUACAAGAAUAUGCAGAACGUACAAAAUUGAAGAGUAGGUAUACAGGCUUGUCUGAGCUAAAUCUGAUGCAAUAUGUGUCACAGUACACAAAAGUCAGAGGUGAGUUGACAAAAUGAGCGAAUCCGUACAUUGUCAGGACAUUUCCAAAGGUUUCCGCUAAUCCUGCUGGUCCUGAUUUUGGAAAAUACUGCAAAUAUCAACUAAUAAAGUUUAAACCAUGAGAGGGUCAACCGUCAAAUGCUUGGAACAACGAGGAUGAAAGGGAUCAAAUGUUUAUUAAUGCAUAUGAAUUUUUUCUUAUGACAGAUGAAUUUGCGGAAGAAAAUGUGUUUAGGUAUUCCGAUGAAACAGACAGAGUUCAUGAUGCACAAUGUGGUCAAACCUUUGAAAACGAUCCAAGUGACAAUCAAGAUGAUGACGACGAAAGUGAAGUUGACCCUUAUGACAAGGAGAAAGUUCAUGAUUGGAUGUUGUUAUGCAGAAUUAACCAAGAUUAUGGGGAAGCAGGGAAUCGGCUGUCAGACAAUGAAGCAGUGGACUGGUUUGAAACGGUAAGAGCUGUGCCUAGAGAUUUGUUAAGGGAAUCUCCAGGAUGGAUCUAUAGUCAGAGAAAGGAGGCUGAAGAACAUGGUCAGCAUUUUCGAGAAGAUGAUCAACAAUGUGUAAUUGAUCCGGAGACCCUGAAUGAAAAACAACGCCUUGCUUAUGACAUCAUCACAUCUCAGAAUGGUGAUAAUGCCAAGCCUGUUUAUAUGAUUGUGUGUGGAACAGCUGCCACAGGUAAGACAUACUUAAUAAGUGCAACGAAACAAGUAUUAGCUGCUCAGUGUGUUGUGACCGCAACUACUGGGAUUGCAGCCUUUAGUAUUAAUGGUCUAACAUUACAUUCUGCUGCUCAACUUCCUAUCUGUGUAUAUAGGGAUUUGCAGGGUGACUCGCUACAGCGGUUACAGCUGAGGUUAGAAGGUAAAAGAUUUUUGAUUAUUGAUGAAAUGUCAAUGGUUGGACAUAAAAUGCUAUCAUGGCUGGACAAUAGAUUACGUGCUGGUACUGGAAAGCAAGAUAUCCCUUUUGGUGGUAUUUGGUCAAUUACCACCUGUUGGUGA